AUGGCCAAUACAGAUUUAUCCAGUGAUAGUGACGGUCCUAUAAUAGACGAUAAUGUGAUUCGCAUUCAAUUAAGGAAACCAAAACAAAAUAAAUGGGAAUUGCGAACACGAAAUCUCUCCCCUGGAAUAAAAUUUCCAACUGUACAACUUUUUGAUUCAGACGGUAAUCUUCUAGUCGAAACAAAUGAUGACAAUGUCUCCAUAAAGAGCUCUGAUUUUGACGAUAUUUCGUUUAAAUCAAGUAAGUCGUUAAAAGAAAAAGAUUUUCGACAUCUGAUCUUCAAAAGGCCUAUUAAAAAGAACAACACAAUUUCGGGAGACAAAGUGUAUACUCGCGUUUACAAGACGUGUGUUGCGACAAACGAUGACUGUAGGAAAAAUGACAAAAGUUUUAAUAUACGAGAUAGUAACAGUGUGGUAAACAUUCCUUGUAAACUGACAGUAAACAACUACACUAAUUUACAAGCAAAUAGCUUAGAAACCACGCCUUUUCAGUCCGAAGGGCUCAGUGAAAUAAGUAGUUACAAAAGUUCAGACAACGAAACUUGCGGUCAAAUAAAUCAAACAACCAAAACAGACAAAGAAAUUUCUACGAAAUGUUAUGAAAAUUCCAAAAACGCUCUUAAUACUCCGCUUACGUCUUUGUCCUCACUAAACAAUAGUGAUCAAAUAGUUGAUAACGUUUUAUCUAAUGAAGAAAAUGAACCUGAUAUGUCCCUCCAUAAAUCCAAAUCAUUUAAUGACACGGCUUUAAGAAACUGUGUAAAAGGAUUUCGCAGUGAUGUUUUGCCGCGUUCUAAAUCUGGUGUUGUAUACAACCCUCCUCACAAUAAAAUAUCCUUCCUGAAUACUUACUUAAAAAGCUUACAGGCUCGAGUGAGCCUUAAUCCGGAUUGGUUUACAUCACAUCGGCGACGAAUUGACAAUCCUCCUAACUCCCAUAUAACGUCAGAGCGUCACAAAAUUACAAAAUCCGCCAAAGAAAACAUGUACCACGUGUGUAAAACUGAAGAUAUAAUGUCAGACAGUGAAUACAUUAAUGUAUCAACCGAUGAUGCAGCUAAUUGUGAAAUGAAAAAGCGUCUUAAAAUGUACAGACGUGGUAUAUCAGAAAUAGCGCCUAAGUACAAAAUCACAAAUAUAUUUACGAAAAAGAGAAGACAUUCUGUAAGUGGCACGUUUCAAGUUGUUCAUACUUCCUCUUCAGAGAGUGUGGAUGAAGCUGACGUAGUACUUAACCGCUUGAAGAGGAGGAUACUCAGAAAUAAGUUCAGAGAGAAAAGACGGAGCCUCGGUGCGAAGUUUCAAUUCGGUAAGUGUUAG